UAGAUAGAAGGUAGUUGUCCAAAAAUAAUAAGAGCAUCAACCGAAAAAUUUGUUAUAUUGAUUACGGAGAAUUGAUAAUAAUGUGCAUGGAUCGGGGGGUUUUGAUCCGCUCGUGUUAUAACAACAGUAUUAUAUCAUACUCAACUUUGAAAUUGUAUUUAUAUCUAAUAAUAUUAUAAUAUUAAAAAUUUUUGAAUUCGGCGGCCAGUGAUAAUGUGAAAUGUGUUGAUUAUUCCAAGCCGAAUUGAUAUGAUAUUUUUCUUCCAUGAUAGUGAUAUAAACCGUUUUUUUUAUUGUCUGGUUAACAACGACCCGGUGGCAGGAAGCCUAAUCAAAAUCGUUGGCGUGAAUACCAUUUUUUUUCCGUUACAAACACAAUGUCUUUAGUGUUGGUAUCUCUUGUCCCAUCAUCAUCUUUUAUUAAGUUGUUGAGAUUGUAUAUAUUUGUUCUGUUAUCUGUUGUUUGUCGUUUGAUGAUUCACCGUUUUCUUUCAUUUACUCGAGUCCCGCCACACGGUUGACAUCUCCAACGCCAUAAACUCAUUUCAGAUAUUUUCAUUGACAAAUCUUCGAUAUGAAUCCCAGCCCAAACAAACUCACUGAAAAUAAUACAGAUUCUAAUUCAAAUAAUGAAAAACAAGAUGAGGAGUAUGUGGUGAAAAAGAUUUUAGAUAAGCGUAUACAGCAUGGUAAGGUGGAAUACCUUCUCAAAUGGAAAGGUUUCAGUGAUUUUGAAAAUUCUUGGGAACCUAUUGAAAAUCUUGAUUGUGAAGAUUUGAUAAAAAAAUAUGAAAAAAAAAGAAAAAGAAAAAGCAAGCCAUCAAAUUCAAUUGAUUACAAAUCUUCUGAUGAGUCUGAUAAUAAUUAUACUGAGCAUCAGAAAGUAGCAGAAAAAGUUGUGACUGUUGAUAGACAGCAUGGCCAGCUUAUAUAUUAUAUUAAAUAUAAAGGAAUUGAAGAACCUGUGGCAGUAAAAUGUAAUAAGGCUGAAAAAUUACACCCACAACUCAUUAUUGAACACUUUAAAAAAAUAUUUGUAUUGAAAAAAUAAUUAACUGUUUUAAUGUGAAUAAGGAUGAAUUGAAUUUUAUUUUAUAUAAAAUCUUAUAGUAAAUAUCUUGAAUUAUUUUAUUUUUUUAUUAUAUAUGACAGGUAUGUCUUACAGAUAAA